AUGGCGGUACAGGUGCUCACCUCGGUCCAGGAUGUCUUCCUUUACGGGGUAAUCGUUCCCGUCAUCCCCUUUGCCCUCCAAGAUCGAGUCCAUGUGGACCAUGAUGAUACGCAGCAUUGGGUUUCGGUCCUGCUCUCCGUAUAUGCAGCUGGAUUGCUAGUGUUCGCUCCGAUCUGUGGCAUCAUGGCCGACUGGACCAGCUCUCGCCGUGGGCCAUUUCUUGCAGGCCUGGUCAUCCUUGCCGGGUCAACUUUGAUGCUAUGCUUGGGCAAAACCAUCCCAGUGCUAGUGGCGGGAAGGGUGUUACAAGGAGUGUCGGCUGCCGUGGUAUGGGUGGUCGCCCUAGCACUUUUGGCUGAUACGGUGAGUGAGCAAGAAUCAGGUCAGGCUAUUGGAUAUGUCAGUCUUGCGACUUCGCUGGGGGUCUUGGUGUCGCCACUGAUUGGCGGUGUGGUAUACGAGCGGUCAGGGUACUACGCCGUGUUCGGGGUGACCUUUGCGGUGAUCGGAUUUGAUAUCGUCUUACGACUGGCCUUGAUCGAGAAGAAAAUCGCAGCCCGAUGGCUUGAACCAGAAACUACCUCAGAUCAGCCAAUAUCCACCGCCCCCCUUCAACAGGAUAUCGAACUUGACGAUCGAAAUAAUUCAACCGCUGUGGCCGAGAAAAACGCAACAACAGCCGUCGCCGAGCCUUCUGUCACGCGUCCUAAGCGAAAAUUACCGUCCAUCUUGAUUCUGCUCAAAUCGCGACGUAUUCUGGUGGCGUUCUGGGGGAAUCUUGUGGGGUCCAUGACCUUUACGGCCAUUGAUACGACUCUUCCCUUGUAUGUGAACCAGGUUUUUGGCUGGGAUUCUCUGGGAGCCGGAUUGACUUUCCUGGCAUUGAUUGUGCCAGGCUUCGCAGGCCCAUGGAUAGGACAUCUGACAGACAAGUACGGUCCGCGCUGGAUCGCAGCGUCUGGGUUGCUGCUGUCAGUACCCUUUUGGGUGUUGCUGAGGCUGGUUGACCAUGACACGGUCGGCCAAGCAGUCUUACUGUGCGCCCUGCUGGUACUUUUGGGAGCUGCUACCGCGCUUCUCUUGACCUCACUGAUGGCAGAAUUCAGCAAAGUGUGCGAUGCAAAGGUGCGGCAGGAGCCGGAUGUCUUUGCUGGGAAGUCUGCGUAUGCCCAGAGCUAUGGGAUCUUCAAUGUGUCAUGGGCCGGAGGGAGUCUGCUCGGGCCAUUGGUAUCGGCCGCCGUCAAGAAUGCUUCGGGCUGGAAGACCAUGACGUGGACCAUGGCACUGUGGUGUGCGGUGGGGAUUCUGCCUACUGUUCUGUAUUCGGGUGGGAUGAUCUCGCGGGAGAAACGACGUGGAAAUGCUGCAAGUAGUGGCGAAGUGGUAGCUGUUGAGAGUGCCUAG